UAGGCGUGGUCAUGGCAUCAAAAUGGCGGCUACUCAAUUCUCAUCAUUUCAUGAAAUCCCCUCUUCUCUACAGAAUCAGGCACCACUCAGAUGGUGGAGGAAUGGUACUGCAGACGACUCUGAGUCGUGUUAGUGUAGAAGAGGCUGCUCCAUUGAUAUCAGGAUACAGCGUGCAGGGAUUCAAUCUAAGAGGUGUUCAAGUCAUGGGCUCCGUCGCUUUGCUACCAAGAGGAUUCUUCCACUGGAAGAUUAACAGUGCUGAUGCUAUAACACCUGAAUCAAUGAGUAUAUUCACUCUUAUUGAACCCAAAUUAGAGCUAGUUAUCCUUGGUACCGGAAGUAGAAUGGUCAAUAUUGAUACUGCAGUGAAGAGGUACCUGCAGGGCAGAGGAAUCAGUGUUGAGAUACAAGACACAGCUAAUGCUUGUGCAACAUUUAAUUUUCUUCUUGAUGAUGGGAGAUUAGCAGGAGCUGCUCUCAUUCCACCAGAAACUGUUUCAUUUAUUCAACGUAGAUAAUAUUAUUAUUAUUAUAGCAUUAAAAACAAUGUAAUACUUUAGUGUCAGUUCUACCUACUGUAUAAAUAUAUAUCCAAAAAACUGACUAUUUUGGCACCUUAAAAA